UCAUUUCACCUUCAUCUCAUUUCACAAGUCACAACACAUCCUUCUUUCAUCACCCUCUAAUCUUUUAUAUUACUCACACCGAGCUCCCUCCCUUCGUCGUAGAUCUAUUCUCAUUACUCGUCAUUAAUAAUAUCACACACAAACCCACUCUCUUCUCUUCUUUCUUCUUCCGAUAUCGAACGACAUGUCGUUUCGGAGAUCCCUUGUGUUCUCCGCAUCCUUCUUCUUCCUCCUCUUCCAUGGCGCCUUCUCAUUCUACCUUCCCGGCGUCGCACCUCAGGAUUUCCAAAAGGGAGAUCAAUUACAAGUAAAAGUAAACAAAUUAACAUCAACGAAGACCCAGCUUCCCUACACAUAUUAUUCCCUUCCAUAUUGUAAACCAGGCAAAAUUCUAGAUAGUGCUGAAAAUCUUGGGGAAGUGCUUCGAGGUGAUCGCAUUGAAAAUUCUCAGUAUGUGUUUAAAAUGCGUGAACCACAAAUGUGCAAUAUUGUGUGUAAGCUGAAACUUGAUGCCCAGAGUGCAAAAGAGUUCAAAGAGAAGAUUGAUGAUGAGUACCGGGUGAACAUGAUCCUAGAUAACCUUCCCUUGGUGGUUCCAAUAAAACGUCCGGAUCAGGACUCUACUGUUUAUCAGCUUGGUUUCCAUGUUGGACUCAAAGGGCAGUAUAGUGGGAGCAAGGAUGAGAAGUAUUUUAUUCACAACCAUUUGGCAUUUAUUGUCAAGUAUCAUAGAGAUUUGCUAACUGAAUCUGCUAGAAUUGUGGGCUUUGAGGUGAAGCCAUUCAGUGUUAAACAUGAGUAUGAUGGGAAUUGGAGUGAAAAUACACGUUUGACAACUUGUGAUCCUCAUGCUAAGCACACAGUUGUCAACUCCAACACUCCUCAAGAGGUCGAAGAGAACAAGGAAAUUAUCUUCACAUACGAUGUUGAAUUUGAGGAGAGUGAUGUGAAGUGGGCUUCAAGAUGGGAUGCCUAUUUGCUAAUGAAUGAUGACCAGAUUCACUGGUUCUCAAUUGUGAAUUCAUUGAUGAUUGUUCUCUUUCUCUCUGGAAUGGUGGCAAUGAUAAUGUUGCGUACACUCUAUCGUGAUAUUUCAAAGUACAAUGAGCUUGAGACCCAAGAAGAAGCGCAAGAAGAGACAGGCUGGAAGCUUGUCCAUGGUGAUGUUUUUAGGCCACCAAACAACUCAGAUUUGCUGUGUGUUUACGUUGGAACAGGGGUUCAGUUUUUCUUUAUGAUACUAGUAACCAUGAUCUUUGCCGUCCUUGGAUUCCUUUCUCCUUCUAACCGUGGUGGGCUUAUGACAGCCAUGCUGUUGCUUUGGGUAUUCAUGGGAAUUUUUGCUGGUUAUGCUUCUUCUCGCUUGUACAAAAUGUUCAAAGGAUCAGAAUGGAAGAGUAUUGCCCUCAGGACUGCAACCUUGUUCCCUGCAACUGUCUGUGCUGUUUUCUUUGUGUUAAAUGCUCUCAUUUGGGGAGAAAAAUCAUCUGGAGCUGUGCCAUUUGGAACAAUGUUUGCUUUGAUCUUUCUAUGGUUUGGAAUCUCUGUUCCACUUGUUUUUGUGGGUGGCUAUGUUGGAUUCAAGAAGCCUGCAAUUGAGAACCCGGUAAAGACCAACAAAAUCCCAAGGCAGAUCCCAGAGCAAGCAUGGUACAUGAACCCGGUCUUCUCAGUUCUGAUUGGAGGAAUACUCCCAUUUGGAGCUGUUUUCAUUGAGCUUUUCUUCAUCCUCACCUCAAUCUGGCUGAACCAAUUUUACUACAUCUUUGGUUUCCUCUUCUUGGUUUUUGCCAUCCUCAUCGUCACUUGCGCCGAAAUAACAAUUGUGCUUUGCUACUUCCAGUUGUGCAGUGAGGAUUAUUUGUGGUGGUGGCGUUCAUACCUCACCUCUGGCUCAUCUGCACUCUACCUCUUCCUUUAUGCAACGUUCUACUUCUUCACCAAGCUUGAAAUCACCAAGUUCGUAUCUGCUGUACUAUACUUUGGCUACAUGCUUAUAGUAUCUUAUGCCUUUUUCGUGGUAACUGGUACCAUCGGAUUUUACGCAUGCUUCUGGUUCACAAGGCUCAUCUACUCUUCAGUCAAAAUUGAUUAGUUAUGCAGUGGUCAGUGUCAUGGAUUAAAUCUACUAUACUCUUCCCAAAGGAUGAAGAAGAUUUAUGUAAGGAUUUCGAGAUUCAGGUACUAUCAUUAUUCAGAAUCAGAUGUAACCUAUUCUAUACAAUUUUGCAUUGUGAGAAGGACACGGUUAUUCUUUUGUUUCGAUGUCUUUUUUACUUGCUGAUGCUGAGUUGUCGAAGUAGGAGGAUCCUUGUUUGAUUACAGAUUUAUAGGGUUUUUUUAUGUUACUGUCGUAGAAGAAUUUCAAAUUGGCUCCAUUUUAGUUGA